CAACUGUGAGGGGAGGGACAAGAGGAGUUGGAGACAGAACUCCCAGGCAAAACUUUAUCCAAGCAGAGAGGACUCUUGGAAGAUCUUUCACCUAACUGGAUUACAUUAAGAACAGUUUUCUGUGGAUUAAUGUUGCCAUAAUUCAUUGGAUUAAGGAUAGCAGAAGGAGCUGAAGGAGGGAGUCAUGAGGGUCAUCUGCUCCUCUCUGGUGCUUCUGACCAUCUGGUUGUGUUAUGAGGGUCGACUAGCAUCAGCUGAAAGUAAGGGCCUUGUCUUCAGCUCCAAGGGUAUCAGCUGCCCACCAAUACAGGUAGAAGACUGGAAGUUCCCUCAGAAUGCCAGACUCAACAUCACAGGUUUCAAUCUGGUGCAGCGUUUCUCCAUGAUGAAGAACAGCGAGGUCAAGAAGAUCCGAAACUCGAGAGGCCCUGUCAUCCUCCGCCUCGGAAAAGUCCAACUCAUCCAACCUACAGAUCAAGUGUUUCCUCACGGACUGCCGGAGGAGUUUACCCUGGUCUUCACCCUGCUGUUGAAGAAGAAAAGUUUGAAUGAUAAUAUUUACCUUUUCCAGAUAUCAGAUGAACAUGGUUAUCCUCAGUUCUCAGUGGACUGGAAUGGGCCAGAUGGCAACCUGGCUCUCAGGGCGAGAGGGGCUGACCCUGAAGGGUCCAUGGUGGGGUGUGUGUUUGAAGGUGAUGGUGUGGAAUCUCUGAUGGACAUGCGCUGGCAUAAAGUGACUCUGAGUCUGCAGAGAGAUGCUGCCACCCUGCACGUGGACUGCAACUCCAUUGAGACCAAGCCCCUGAAGAUUCGUGGCCAGCUGCCCAGCAAUGGACACACUCUGUUGGGUUUGAGAGCCACUGAUGCUGCCCCUGUCGAGAUUGAUGUUCAGCAGGUGAUGGUGUAUUGUGACCCCUCUCUGGCCAUCCAGGAGGCCUGCUGUGAGAUACCAGGAGCUUGGUGUCCGCCAGAGACCCUGAAGAGUCGGCGAGCUGCUGAGAACCAUGUGGAGUUUGUGUCCAAUCCAUUUGCUCAGGUUACACAGGAGGGUUAUACAGGUCAGCAAGGCAUCAAAGGAGAGAAAGGAGAACAGGGUUUGGACUGCACUGCUGCUGGAGUUCCUGGACGAUGCUCAGAAGGUGCUAAGGGAGAGAAAGGAGAGAAGGGAGAGUCAGGUCUGCCUGCCAAUUGGGGGGAAGCUAUAGGAGUGAAGGGGGGCAAAGGGCAGAAAGGGGAGAUCGGAGCCCCAGGUGUGGCUGGAAGUCCAGGAAAAGAUGGUCGAGCAAAUCCUGUUUGUGUGGUGGGCCCAAAAGGCCAAAAGGGCGUUCCUGGUGCAGUUGGUCCAGAAGGGCUUGCAGGGGAACCGGGUCUUCCUGGACUACCUGGAGAUGGCAAACCAGGACCACCAGGGCCCCCUGGUGGACCUGCAGGCUCUAAAGGGGACAAAGGGGAUUCUGGCAUUCCUGGUAAAGAUGGAAGUUCUGGAGAACCUGGUCCAAGAGGUCCUUGGGGACCAAAAGGCGAGAAGGGAGAUCCAUGUGAAGCAUGUCCAGUCAUCUCUCCAGACUCUACAGGCAACACUGUGACCCUUCAGGGCAAGCAGGGGCCAAAAGGAGAACCAGGGGCACCAGGCAUAGGAGAACAAGGUCUACCUGGUCCUUCAGGACUGGGUGGCAAAGCAGGAGAAAAGGGGGAGCCAGGAGCGAACGGUACCAAAGGGGAAAAGGGUGAACCCUGUAUAGGCUGCCCUGUCAUUGGAGAUCUUCCAGCAGGUCUUCUGAAUCGUGCUCCGAAGGGAGAGAAGGGAGAUUCAGGCAUUGGACAGAAAGGAGAGCAGGGAGAGCCUGGUCAAAGUGGCCUUCCGGGAUUGAAAGGGGAAAAGGGUAAUGCUGGCACCAGAGGAACUGAGGGGAAAACUGGCAAGCCUGGUCCAAGAGGGCCUAGUGGGAAGGAUGGACUGAAAGGAGCAAUGGGUGAGCCUGGACAACCCGGUCUAGGGACAUCUGGUCGAAAAGGUGAAAAGGGAGAUUCAUGUGGUGUGUGCCAAACCAAUCCUUCUGAGGUUGGAGGAGGCCCAUCUACAAUAAAGGUUGCAGGGGAGCGUGGCCCCCCAGGACCACCAGGGCCACCUGGAGAUGGAGUCGAGGGCAAGCAGGGGCCACCAGGUCUUCAGGGGUUUAAAGGAGAGAAAGGUGAUCAGGGUUUACAGGGAGACCCAGGUGUGGCUGGGACACCUGGAGCCCACGGACCUCAAGGAGACCCAGGAAGGAACGGCCUUAAUGGACUAAAAGGAGAAAAGGGAGAUGCAUGUGAUAGCUGUCCAUCACUUCCUGAAGGACAAGGCAAUGUGGCUGGCUUACCAGCACCAAAGGGUGAAAGAGGAGAGCCAGGUUUGCAAGGGGAGGGCAGAGAAGGGAAACAGGGUAAACCAGGACCGCCUGGUGUCCAGGGACCUCCAGGGCUCAAAGGCAGCCAGGGUGAUGCUGGACCUGCAGGUUUCGGUCUUCCAGGCCCACAGGGUGAGCAGGGGCCUAGAGGAUUUCCUGGAGCUGCUGGUCCCGAAGGACAACAAGGACCUGCAGGUCCAGUGGGACCAUUGGGGCAGAGGGGGCCAAAGGGAGACAAGGGACCACCAGGGCCUCAGGGCCCAAUAGGAAUAGGAGCAAUCGGACCACCGGGUAAGGAUGGUAACACAGGGGCACCUGGAAUCCUAGGUCAGGAUGGAAUCCCUGGAGCCACUGGUCCUAAGGGUGACAAGGGUGAACCAGGAGAGUGCAACUGUCAACAUUAUACAUUUCCAGGAACUGGCGGGCCUGGUGUCCCAGGUGGUGAGAACAGGGUGCAGCCUGGUCCUCAGGGGCCUCCUGGACCACCAGGCCCUCCUGGUCCUCCAGGUCCCCAGGGGUUCAAUGGAAUUACAGGCCCACAAGGUAUCCCUGGCAAUGAUGGCCUACCAGGGAAACCGGGUCCACCCGGCCAAGCACCUAUUGUUGCUCUGCCUCAGGAUGAAUCCUCCCCUGACAAGGAGGGGUGUGGAGAUUGCUCAAAGGGACUACCAGGUGUACCCGGAAUAGUUGGUGCUAAGGGCGAGAAGGGAGAUCAGGGCAAACCUGCCGUUGAGCCCUUAGAAGGAUGCGAGGGGUGUCAAGAGAAGCUGCAGAGAGAGCAAACACCAAGUGGGCCUACUGGUAACAGUGGUCAGUGUGUCGGUUCUCCAGGGUUGCCAGGUUUCCCAGGGACCCCAGGAGACAAAGGAGAGCCGGGUCCUAGGGGUGAGCGAGGACCUCCUGGACUUCUCGGAAACCCGGGCAAUAUUGGUUUCCCUGGUCCUCAAGGACCCUCUGGACUGCCUGGUCAGCAAGGUCAGAGAGGAGCAGAUGGGCUUCCGGGACAGAAAGGUGAACAUGGUGGACCUGGCAAUCCUGGCUAUCCUGGAACAAUGGGACAACCUGGACUCCCUGGACUAAAAGGAGAGCGUGGCAGUCCAGGCAGUGCAGGGCAGAAAGGAGAAACUGGCCCACCAGGAUCUGUGGGUUAUCAUGGACCAGUUGGCCCAGCAGGUCCUAAAGGGGAAUCAGGAACAGCGGGACCCGUGGGACCAAAGGGAGAUCAGGGCUUUCAAGGAUCCCAAGGUUUCCCAGGACAGCCGGGCCCUCCAGGUUUCCCAGGAAAAGCUGGUCCCCCGGGCCCUCCAGGGCCACAGGCAGAGAAGGGUACUGCUGGAGUUCAGGGCCCACAGGGAAUUUCAGGUCCCCCAGGAUCAACCGGGGCCCCAGGCAUGCCUGGACCACCUGGAAUGGAGGGACUUGAUGGAAAAGAUGGAAAACCAGGUUUAAGGGGUGAGCCAGGACCAGCUGGCCAAGCAGGACUCAGGGGAAUACCGGGUUUCAAGGGCAUCAAAGGACACACAGGUCUCCCGGGAGCGAAGGGAGACAUAGGACCUCAGGGACCUGCUGGAGCAACAGGAAGGCCUGGUCUAGAGGGUGAUCCUGGCACUCAUGGACCACAAGGACCACCUGGAGCACCAGGACAUAUGGGUGCUUCAGGUCCUCCAGGGCCAGCAGGACCAGUUGGGCCACCUGGAUUGGGCAUUAAGGGAGAGAAGGGUGAGGCAGGAGAGAGAGGAAUGGGUGGAUUACCCGGACCCCCAGGGGGGCCAGGUCAUCCAGGACCAAUGGGUGAACCAGGAAGUGAUGGAGCAGCAGGUAAAGAUGGAGCCCCAGGCCUGCCAGGAGAACCUGGUCCAGAGGGACAGAGGGGUGAGGCAGGGGGAGCAGGGCAAAGGGGACCCCCAGGAGAGCGUGGACGUCCCGGCCCACCAGGAGGAGGCUUUGGGUUUGGCUCCAAAGGACCAGAAGGUAUUAUUGGACCAGCUGGACCACGUGGCGAGAGGGGAAGCCCAGGUUCACCUGGACCAAAUGGAACCCCUGGAUCACCAGGAAUCCCAGGAAAUGAUGCUGUUGUGAACUAUGAUGAGCUGAGGUCCUUUAUCAGACAGCAGGUCAUAAAGAUUUUUGAUGAGCGCAUGGGCUACUACAUGUCACGAAUGCAGAUGCCAGUGGAGAUGGUUGCAUCCCCUGGCAGACCGGGACCCCCUGGGAAAAAUGGAAGUCCAGGAAUCCCAGGGACCCAAGGGAUACCAGGCCGUCCUGGACAAAUUGGCCGUGAGGGAAGGCAGGGACCCAUGGGUCCAUCCGGUGCUCCUGGUGUGAAGGGAGAGAAAGGAGAUAAGGGUGUAGGAGAGAUGGGAGACAGUGGUCCUCCAGGUGCUCCAGGUGUGCCUGGUCCUCCUGGUUAUGGUAAGAUGGGAUCACCUGGUCCUGCUGGUCAACAGGGCAUCCCCGGGGUUUCUGGACCUCCAGGGGCCCCUGGACAAAAGGGCAAGGAUGGCCGUUGUCACCCGUCAGACUGUAUGAGUAUGCCUGUAGAGUAUAACCCCAAGGGUCCCCAUCCCAAAGGUCCUAUGUACUAGAAAUGCAUGUGAGAGGGUUUAAGAGAAGUAAAAGAUGGAGGAUGAUACCCAAAGAUUGACAUUCUCAUAGAAAGAACCUUCUAAGAAGAACCAAAGAAUUAAUGUGCAUUUCUUUCACAAUGAGCAAGCCACUGAUGCCAGGCCACUUACUGGUUCAUCAUAAAAAAGGGCCAUUUACAAGUUGUUGUUUGCUGUUGAAUCAGUGCAGAAAGCCUGUGCAUUCUCUACUACCACUACAACCGGUGCAAAACCCAAACUGAGUGCCUUAACCCCGCAACCCCAAAAUGCCCUACUUACAGCAUAAAUAUUUUUUUAAUAUGCUUUAUUGUAGCAAAUUCACAAGAUAGUCUUCAAAUUCACAAGAUUCACAAGAUAGUCUUAACUUCAUAUACACCCCUGGACAACUGCAUAUAUUAGCUUUAAUGAUCAAUAUUGGUGUCAAGAUUUAUUUAGGAAUCAGCAUUCAGCAUAUCAUAUUGGCAUACAGGCCCCACUAAAGAUAUCAGGAAGUUUCCUUUUUGACACCUCACAUCAGUCUUCAGUGUUCUUUGUAUUCUAUUAAAAUGAAUGUGGUUGAUUAAUUAUAAGUUAAAUUGAUAGUUCAUCUAAAAAUGUAAUUUAUGUAAUUGUUUACUCACCCUCAUGUUGAUCCAAAAACCAUAUGACCUUUCUUUCUACUGUGGAACACAAAAAGUGGUGUAAGGCAGAACGUCAGCCUCAGUCACCAUUCACUAUCAUUGCAUCUUUUUUUCCUUACAAUGAAAGUGAAUGGUGACUGAGUCUGACAUUCUGCCAAACAUCUUUAUUGUGUUUAAAGUGAAAAAAAAAAACAUGUGUACAUGUUUUGAACAACAUGAGGGUGAGUAAAUUACUUUUAAGUCCUAUCAACAGCAUCUUUGGCAUGCUAAAACAAAUUAAAAACUGUGUUGACACAGUAUGCGCUUACAAUGGAAGUCUAUGGGACAUUUAUUUGUUUGUUUUUUACAAAUUGAGGUAAUAAAUUAGUUAAAAUGUGUGUUGAAAUAAUUUUCUGUGAAUAUCAACAGCAUGCCACAGAUGAGAGUGCUUAAUUAAUAUUUUACCUGAAAUAUUCCUUUCAGAAUAUCUUUGGCAGCUGCUAAUUUACUGCUUUGGCAAAGACAAUAUGGCAUAAAUAUUCCGUUCUGUUGCCAAUGAAAAAUCCUUCCACAUUUUGUUUGCAGAAAAUAGCAUAGAUACGGUUCCCAUUAUUAAUUUUGUUUAUUAUUCAAAUUAAAUUCCCUGAGCGCUUGUGUUGUACAUAUUUAUAUGUAAUGGCUUUUUGUACUUUUUAUUAAUUUGACAUCAGCACGGCAACCCUUGUUAUUAUCACGUUGUGACAUAUGAAAUUUUAUUAACAAAUGGGUGUUUUGUAAAGGUAGGUUUUAUAUGCAGUUUUGGGUUGGAAAGCAAUUUUGUGAUCUAUCACGAGAUGGAAAGAAAUGUUAUAUUUUUAUAAGUAUCUCUCUGUGAGCUCUGUGAUGACAUCUCCUCCACCAUGCUGGACUCUUAAACUUGAAUUUACUUGUUUGAUAUACUGUACAACUUCCCAGUCAACCAUCAUGUGCUUCUGGAACACUUUAAUCUUAAGUAUUUUUUGCUUGUCAUCUUGAAAAACAUCACUGUCACUCCCCAGCCUUCACAGUUCAGUUUUCAUCUUCUCUAAAGCCAAAUUCCAACCAGCAAAGAGCUGCUCACUGAUUCUCUGUCAUUCAUCACUUUUCUGCGUCAGCCAGUCUGAUGCUUUUGCACUCUGCACUUUAUCCUCUCUUUGUCACACCUGCACUGUGUGUGUGUGUGUGUGUGUGUGUGUGUGUGUGUGUGUGUGUGUGUGUGUGUGUGUGUGUGUGUGUGUGUGUGUGUGUGUGUGUGUGAUUGUGUAUUAGCUAUACUUAGCAAUAGUUGUAUAUUAGCUAUACUUAGCUAUAGUUUGGGGACACACUUUUACAGAGAAGUUAGUCAAAUCUGACAAAAUCUUCCUUUCAGGACAUUCGAUAAAAUCUUCAUUUGGUAAAAUGAUUCCUAAAUUAUAAUUUUCUCUUAUUUAAAAUAACUCUUUUUUUAAUGAUUAGUAUGCAUAAUAUCUGGGUUUCCUUUGCUAUUCUUUAGUAACAACAUUGUCCUCAGAAGUCCUAAAGUGUCAAAUUGAUUCAUACAUAAAGCAAAUAAUGUUUUUUGGUAACACUAUGCAAUAAGGUUCUAUUUUUUAACAUUUGUAAAUGAAUUUCAUAUCAUCUUUAUCUAACUAACAAUGAACAAUAUAUUUUUACAGCAUUUAUACAUUUUGGUUAAUGUAAAUUUAUAAAGAUACAAUUGUUCAUUGUUUAAUGAUAGUUCACAAUGCAUUAAGAAGUGUUAGUAUAUAUAUAUAUAUAUAUAUAUAUAUACUAACACUAUAUAUAUAUAUAUAUAUAUAUAUAUAUAUAUAUAUAUAUAUAUAUAUAUAUAUUUAUUUAUAUAUAGUAUAUUAGUACAGUAUAUGGUAAAAUUAACAUUAACCAAGAUUAAUAAGCGCUAAAUAACAAAAGUAUUGUUCAUUAACAGUUCAUGGUAUGUCCCCAUUUAGAUAAGUGUGUGUGUGCAUGUGUGUGUGUGUGUGUGUGUGUGUGUGUGUGUGUAGAUAAAGAAAUAA